UGCCUCGUGCAGGGGCCGCCCGGAGACGCGAGGCAGCGAAGGGAAGACUAGGGAGGGAUUUUUAAUUCCUUUUGGAGCAAUCAGACCGUGUGUGUAGGGGCAGCCUAGCUCCCUCUGGUCCAUUGCAUCUCUUGGAUUGCUCACCACCUCCUUGAUUCAAGCAGAUCGCCACUGCAGUUGCCUUCAGCCUUCUCCCCCAGCUCCCCUCCAUCCCCCGCCCCGCCUUGCCUUGCUCACCUGGGAAGGUGAAGAAUGCAUCUCCAAUACUGGGACGGAUCCUUGCUGCAAUGAGACCUGAGCUGAGUCUUGAAGACAGCGACACUGGGAUCGGCAGAUGGUGUGUGCUUGAGCCACAAGACCAGCUCUAAGUUGCUACAGAUUGGCUACGUAUCUAUUAGGAGAAGAUGGCCAUCUCCAUGAAGAUCUGCUUCUUCACUCUUGUGCUCCUGCCUCUGGUCGCAGCGACGCACUCAGACUGCAUCAUCAGAAAGGAGCAGGAGGCCUGUCUGGAGAAAAUCAAGAGAGCAAGUGCUGUCAAUCCACUGAAUGAGUCUUCCCCAGGGUGCCCUGGGAUGUGGGAUAAUAUUACAUGCUGGAAGUCGGCGAGUGUGGGCGAAAUCGUCUUUGUCAAGUGUCCUGCUCUGUUCCGAAUUAUUAACUCUGAAGACGGUUGGGAAGUGGAUAACAUGGGGCAAACUCAUCCAGGUGAUUUUGACCUAUUGGAUAGCACAGGCCAAACUCCCUUAGAUGUAGGGGACAUCAGCAGAAACUGCACAGAAGAUGGCUGGUCUGAACCUUUCCCUCAUUAUUAUGAUGCCUGCGGGUUUGAUGAAAAUGAAACAGAGUCUGAAAAUCAGGAUUACUACUACCUCUCCGUGAAGGCUCUGUACACAGUGGGAUAUAGCACAUCCCUUGUAUCCCUCACCACAGCAAUGGUUAUCCUGUGUCGUUUCAGGAAGCUUCACUGCACUCGGAACUUUAUUCACAUGAACCUCUUUAUUUCAUUUAUUCUACGAGCAAUAUCAGUCUUCAUCAAAGACGGGAUUUUGUAUGCAGAACAGGAAAACAACCAUUGUUUUAUAUCUACUGUGGAAUGCAAAGCAGUGAUGGUCUUUUUCCACUAUUGUGUCAUGUCCAACUAUUUCUGGCUGUUCAUUGAGGGAUUGUACCUUUUCACCUUACUGGUGGAGACCUUUUUCCCAGAGAGGAGAUAUUUUUAUUGGUACACCAUCAUCGGCUGGGGCACCCCAACAAUUUGUGUCACUGUCUGGGCUGUGCUGAGACAUCACUUUGAUGAUAUUGGCUGCUGGGACAUGAAUGAUAACACUGCCCUGUGGUGGGUGAUAAAGGGCCCCGUGGUUGGAUCAAUAAUGAUAAAUUUUGUUCUUUUCAUUGGCAUAAUCGUUAUCCUUGUGCAGAAACUCCAGUCGCCUGAUAUUGGGGGCAACGAAUCCAGCAUUUACUUCAGCUGCGUUCAGAAAUGCUACUGUAAGCCCAAGAGGGCUAACCAGCACUCUUGCAAGAUGUCAGAACUAUCCACCAUUACCCUGAGGCUGGCCCGCUCCACUCUGCUGCUUAUCCCCUUGUUUGGAAUUCACUACACUGUGUUUGCCUUUUCUCCUGAAAAUGUCAGUAAACGGGAGAGACUAGUGUUUGAACUGGGACUGGGCUCUUUCCAGGGCUUUGUCGUUGCUGUUCUCUAUUGUUUCUUGAAUGGGGAGGUGCAAUCAGAAAUAAAGAGAAAAUGGAGGAGCUGGAAAGUCAACCGGUAUUUUGCUGUGGAUUUCAAACAUCGCCAUCCCUCUCUGGCGAGCAGCGGAGUGAACGGGGGGACACAACUCUCCAUUCUGAGCAAGAGCAGCUCUCAGAUUCGGAUGUCCAGCAUAAAUGCAGAGAAUCUAGCGACAUGAGCAACUAAAUAACCCCUCCCCCCAAUAAAACCCAAGACACCCCGUUAAAAAAAAUAUCAUAAUUUUGGUGGUGUGGGUUUUCUUUUUUAAUGAUUAUUAUUAUGAUUUUUUAAAUGUAAGAUGUGUCCACAAGCAUGAAACAAAACAUCCCUGGCAUUUUGCAGAGAAGAAAAAAAGGAUAUUUUUUUAAUGAUCAUUGUAAAUACACCACUAAGAUCCAUGCCAUUGACAAAAAAAAAUCAAUAAAACGCCAAGCCCACCCCCACACACCUAUUUUGAGCAUCUGCAAGUAAUCCAUUGUCAGCCAAGUGUAUCAAGUGAUUGCUGUGCAGUUGUGAACAUUGGUUGCCAAACUGAUAUAAAUCUCUCUGUGCAUGGACUUCAUUGUUGUUAUAUUUGGGGUCUGGGUUUGUUUGUUUUUCUAAUCCAAUGCAUCGUCAUUAUGCCUCAUUCCCAUCUUUCGUGUCUGAAUAUUCUCAGUCUCUUUGGAGUCUUAGGAUAUAGCUAUAGCGUUGGGGUUAAUAAUGCCAGCCAGUUCACCAAGGACUCCGGAAAUGGAUUUCAUGGCUGGAUUUGGUCAGAAGAACUCAGCGGACUUAGAACAUCUGCUGUGACUGUGAGACAGCAUACCUGUCACCAUUCCGGAGAGAGGAAUCCAUGCAGCAGAGAUGGGGGCUGCUAUUUUAGGUUCUACCUAAGCUGUGAAUUUUCUAAGAGGGCCGUCCAUUUGAGAGAGAUCUAUAUUUUUGGGGUUGAUAGGUUGGAGUUUUGAGUAAUGUGAACAAAGAUUCCCCCCCCCCCACCCAC